AAUUGGUAUACAGUUUUGGGGCAGGCUUGUGUAUUUUUUCCUCGGCUUGUUUUCACUCGGAGUGAGGGUUCGGAGUUGACAAAACAAAUGUGUACCGUGGAGUCACGAGUCGGCGUAUCACAGUUCAGGUGGAUCUAGAUGAUGGACACGGAGAAGACAGUCCAAAGGAGUACACGCGGACUACACGAUCAGAUUUCACCGCUGCAUUUCACGAUUCAGUAACAUCUAAACAUUUUCUCAGACUCGUAUGACAACAGCGGUCGAUCACUGGCUGCUGGUUGUCCUGCCGCAGGACAGUGAGUGUCUGAUGCCGAGUUUGAUUUGCUACCUUGCUGCGAAGUUGCUGUCGCGCUUACCUGUUUAUAUGAGUUUUGAAUGCGUAAUGAGGUUUACAUUGGCGAGACCACUUGUUGAAAUCUCACGAAACUAACUUCAGUAUUGUGGGAUAUAAGAUUGAUUGAAUUUACCACAGAAGUGGGCCGUUUAAAGAGUCGAACGACUGUUUGUGGUCAUUUACAGUGCGUUUGUGAUAAGUCGGUUGUGAUAUUUUGAUUGUCAUAUCGCUCAUUAGCUGGUUAGCUGUCACGGCUGACUUUAUCCUGUACCUGACCGAGCAAUAUCAAUCAAUUACACACAUUCAGACAGUUAUAUCACCGACUGUCUAUCUUAAUUCAUAAAUAAUGGUGGGCACUUAAAUAUUCAUGCGGAAUAACAGAAAGAUACAUCAUUUAAAUUGUUCUCGUCACAAUCUAAAGUAUUUAGCUCGCUAGCUAGAGUCGUUACUGAACUUGUUUCGUAAAUCCAAGUGAAAUAUUUAAACUCUUCUGUUUGGCACUGCACAGUAUUCCACAGUUUUGCUAUUUUUUUCCUCACGAUACAAAGCAAGAGCUGGCUUAGCGAUGCCAAACAAAACUGUCACAGACGCUUGAAUAUUUAGCGAUGUCCAGUUUCCUGACAAACUUUUAGCAAAUUCGGCUUAUCGCCUUCAUACAAAUAUUGGCGUUACAAGUAUAAGGGAUUCCUAUAUAUCAUCUUUACUUUGCACUUCAUCUGACCUAAGUCCAAUAAGUUGUUAAUAAUACGGUUUCAUCGCGUUUUCCAGCUCAUUAAUGGUGGCAAAGCUCUUGUCAUUAAGGCGACCUCGUCAAACCUCUCUAAAGCACCUGGACUGCACUCUUACACGCUUUUCAGACAUGGAAGGACAACUUAAACACAUCUGACUUCUAUAUCGACAACAUUCAACCGUCAGUUAACUGCGAAGUUGGUCUCGAAACUCUGCGGCCCAACCAUGUCUGGAUCCCCGGGCUCGAGUGGCUCCAACCCGCGGAAGUUCAGCGAGAAGAUCGCACUGCACAACCAGAAACAGGCGGAGGAGACGCGGGCCUUCGAGCAGCUCAUGACAGACCUCACCGUCUCAAGGGUGCAGUUCCAGAAGAUCCAGCAGCUCCGUCUGUCGCAGAACCGGGCACAGUACUACGGUGGCUCGCUGCCCAACGUCAACCAAAUAGGCAAUGCCAGCACUGAUUUCCAGGGGACUUUUCCCUCCGGACUGGACUCUGUGCGAGGGACCAGACACCAUGGUCUGGUGGAGAGGGUCCAUCGAGACCGCAAUCGGAUCAACUCACCGCACCGCAGGCCCAUUGACAAGCACGGGCGGCAGGCUGAGAGCUCUCCAUAUGGAACGAUGUACCUUUCACCUCCCCCUGACAACAGCUGGAGAAGGGAGCAACCGCCAUGGACCGAAGAGAAACGACCGGGAUUUAGAUUAAUAUCACAGCUUAACAGAACAAACUCUGACUCAGCUCUGCACACCAGCGCCAUGAGCCCAAACCCACAGGAUCCUUUUGGCAAGGCCCAGCAGAUGGGCAGAGGACCUCCUCAGCGAAACGCCAGCAUGAAUGAAGCAGAGGUGGACAAUACUGGAGAUGUGUUCUCAUUUCCUGCUGUUCCUAAUGAGGAGAAUCUCCUUGGAGUGAAUAAGCCACUGCCCAAACAGUUAUGGGAGGCCAAAAAGGUGCAGUCUCUGUCCUCCCGGCCAAAGUCCUGUGAAGUGCCUGGAAUCAAUAUAUUCCCGUCUCCAGAGCAGAACGCAGGUUUGUCUCACUACCAGGGCACGUUAAACACUGGCGGGUCUCUGCCUGACCUAAGUAACCUGCACUUCCCUUCUCCGCUGCCCACUCCGCUGGACCCCGACGAGGCUGGCUAUCCCAACCUGAGUGGAGGCAGCAGCACCGGCAACCUCCCCGCAGCCAUGAUGCAUCUGGGCAUUGGAAACUCACAAGGGCUGUCAUCCUCUCUAAGCAACCCUUCCAUCCAGGCGUCUCUCACCAACUCUCAGCUGCACUCAUCUCUCAGCAAUCCAUCAAUCCACACGUCUCUGCGCCUCUCCUCGCUGUCCAACCCUCCUCCGACGGGCAUGGCCAGUUCACCCAGGAGACGGCCAGCCCCCAUUAGUCCCCUAACACUCUCUCCAGGGGGCGAUCAGAGGCGAAGCCUGAGCAAGCAGCUCUCCCCGACGAUGUCGCCCUCCCUAUCUCCGAUCACACAGGGGGUUGCCUUGGACACCAGCAACUUGCCGAUGGAGCCGCCCCCUCCCUACCCCCUUUACCAGCAAACCCAGCAGCCCCUACAGCAGCAGCAACCGCCUCCCCAGUCCCAUCCGUCUAUGCAGCAGAGCUCCCAGCAUCCAGGGGUACAGCAACGACCAACAGGUGGCCAACAGCAGCAACAACAGCAUCAGCAGCAUCAGCCUGUGUCCCCGCUGCACAGCGUCCCGCUCGACUUCAAUUCCAGUGCUCACAACAGCAUGGGAGCAUUUUUUAACGAUCCCUUUAUGGAGCAGCAGUUUUGUGGACGUCAGUCCAAGUGUUCAUCCUAUCAGCAGGAUCAGUAUAAUAUGUUGGAAAAUGUCAUGAGCUCUAUGGCAGGAGGGUUUGAUCCUUCCUCCAACCUCUACUGCUCCCAGGCUGCCCUCAUGGGCUUGGGCGGUAGCCAUGGCAAUUUGCAAGACCACCUUCAGAUGAGGCCCAACAUGCUCUACUCUAACUGUGGAGGAGGAGUGCCCAACAUCAUCCUUACAGACGACUCCAAUCCCAGCCUGUCUAAGGACAUCAGCAGUGUGUUGUCUGCAGUGCCAGAGUGUUUGGACUCAGAAGGAGUUUUUCCACUGGAGGACGAACUACGUAUUGAGCCGCUCAGUUUGGAUGGGCUGAGCAUGCUCAGUGACCCCGAUAUGGUCCUCCCUGACCCCUCGGUAGAGGACAGCUUUCGCAGCGACAGACUUUAAAGAGCCACAUCAUGCAUGCAUGCAUACAAGUCCAUGAACAUGACGACUAAAGCACAGAACCUAUAGCACUCAGAUUUCUAUAAACGUAUAAAACAAUCUUUACAUUUUCCUAAACACAAAGCGCAUGCAUAAACACUACAAAGCGAAACAUCACGCUCGCGUGAGUCACCCAGAUGCCGUCUCUCAAUGGCCGCCAUUGCUCAGCAUGCUCCAUCUGCCUCCCAAUACACCGUUCAUCACUCAACAGAUGCGUGGACGCUUCACACGUGCUUUGACCCGUAAAGACAAUGAAGCAAACAAACAUGCUUGAACCCGCCGUGUAUCUACUGCUUGUGCCGAGUGACAAUCAGAAAACACCGAAGCCAUAGCAAUGCCAAACCGAUGGCUGGAUCGGCCUGUUGCAUUGCUGGUCUAUUUCAAAGCCAUGCAAACCAAAACAAUGAAUGUGCUCGUUUUACACAUCGCUUUUGGAUGUUAUCAGAAGGUCACACCAGCUUUCAAUGACAUUUCGAUAGCAGCAAAAGGAUGGGACGGUCCUGAACGGCGCGAAGACGACAAUAUGACGUGUUAUGGAACAGAAGGAGUCGACAGCCGGCCUAAUACCAGCCCAUAUUGAUGCACCAAAUGCUGUGAUACGAGACACCAGCAGGAUGGGUUGAGCCUUUCCCCCUCGCCACGCCACCCGAACUCUAUUUCAGUACCAAGAGCAGGACAUAUUCGGUGUCCCGAACCGUCUGGUUCGGGCUACCGAGCACACACGUCUAAACUAACCAAGUUUCUGGUGUCACUGCCUGAAGUUUAGAGCAUGCGCUAAGCUAAUCGCAUGAAAGCAAUCUCGUUGCUGGCGCGUAGGUGAGCCAGUGCCACUCGUACACGCUCCAGGCUGUGAAAACUCAGUCCGUCCUUCAGAAUGUGGCCAGUCCCUCUUCUUCAAAUGAUUGCGAAUUGAAUGAAUUACACCUCUCCUCCUGAGAGGAGGUGUGUAGAUGAUGUGUAUAGAGCAUUAUUUUGCAUAUUUUUUUGUAUAAAAAGAAAAAACGAUAAAAGAGAGCUUUGCCACAUAUAUAUGCCUCACAAUUUUCUGUCUGACUAGAAUGUAUUUUUGAAACAGAAAAAGGGCAAACUGUUUACAAAGAUAAAGUUUAAGAACUACGAAUUGUGAGUAGGCGCUGAAAUUUUUACGAUUUUGGUAUAAAUCGAAACGAAAAAACCUUUGUAUCUCGCUGAUGUUGAUCCAGUCCAUAGUUAGCGAGUAGAAGCUUUGGCUAUGCAGAACUUUAGCACAGGACUGUCUCAGACGGCUGGAACAAUCUAGACCAUAAAAAGGAACUAUUUUACUUGUAUAUUUACUAUAUCUUUGUGCUUAUUUCAGAUUUUAUACAGACUUGUAAUGCGGCUUCGAAUAUGUCAGUUGUAUUUGUACUCGUUCAUCUGUUUAUGUUCUCUCCCUUUGAACUUUUGUUGUGGACGUCUUCUUUCGUGAACGUUUGUUGUGAUGGUAUUUCUCACCGUUGUUCAGCAUGGGCCCUCUCUCUGCAGCUCUGAUCCUUGUGAGGGGUUUUUACAAAAAAAAAAAAUUAAAACGUCUUUUAAAAGGUGUGAUUUGUGGACGUGGGACACAUGUAUCAUUGUUAUUGCUCAUGCUGAAGUUUGCACUGAUCUGAACAAAUUCAAAAAAAGUACUUUUUAUUUUGCCGACGUCUGCUUGUGCUGUUUUGAGGGCUUUUGCCUUCUCGGCAUGUUAUGCAUGUGAGGACUUUGAAAUGCAGUAUAUUUUGUGAAUGACUAGAUUCAAAUGACCAAAUAUUUUGAGAUGAAGAAAGAUGUCUAAAUAUAGCUCAGGAAUGUAUUUUUUGUCACCGUAUCGUGGUUUUAUGCCCACCUCUUGCCUCUUGACUGCCAGAUCCAGGUAAAAUGUUCCCAGAUUCCAAGAGAAACUGUUAUAACUGAGAUCCAGAGAUCAGGGUUGCCAGGUUUUCACACCAAAACCCACCCAAUUGCUACUCAAAACUAUCAUGUUUCGAGGGGGGGGUCCCCUGUUAAAAAUUGCGUUCUGGUGGAUAAUGCACGUUUUUUUGAAAUUCGCAUUUCAGGGGAUAAAUACGACGUUACUGGGGUCGAGACAGUCCGCGGCAACAGUGUUAAAGUAGCCCAAUUCUGCGGGAAAACCGCAGACUUGGCAACACUGCCAGAGAUUUAGAAAUCCAAAACGCAUUGUUCUAUCUAUGUUGUUUUUUGUGUAGCUUUCUAUUCCACUUCCAGAGGUUGGUAAUAGAAAGCAAUAACAACGUUAUCUGUGUGCCAUGUCCACAAUUUUUUGUUUUGUUUUAUUUUUGCUGUGUAUUUUUGCAUUCAUCCAGGUCAUCCAUCUUGUUGGUCAAAUCAAUCAAGUAGCUUUUACUAAAUUCUUCACUUUUUUUUUUUCUCUUCUUCUUUGUGCAUCGUUCAUUGUGGUCCAAGUAGGUGAGAAGACACAAGCAGAGAUUAAAAGUGUGGAGACAUUAGCGAAAUUUAGCUAAUUUGUCAGUCAUGUAGAGAUGUAUGAAGCACAAAAGUCACUUUCAAACCAAGCAGUUUUCACGACAAUUGGCAAACAACAUAAAUGUGACUGCACCUUUAUAAACCCCUUUAUUUAAGUUUUGAUAAAUCUAGUCCCCUGUACAAAAUACAAAACAAGAUUUGGCUUUGACCCUCUGCAGUUGCAGGUUUUUCAUUUUGUAACAUUGCAAUAGAGACCUUGAUGUGUAUGAGUGAUGCAGACAAGUACUGUGCGGUGGAGCAUGUUUUGCUGCAUCUGCUAAAAAAGUGUCUCUUUAUAUAACUAACAUCUUUCUAUCAUCUCUCAUUCUGUCAUCUGCUCAGUUAACUUUUCAUGAAUAUUAACAGUGGCAUCACAUUUUAUUGGUUUUGUUGGAUCUGUUGGUUUGUUUUUGGCCUCAGGCGACAAGAGAGUCUGUUCCCAUCAUUCGUUCUCUCUCUCUGGGAGGAGUUUUAUUUGUCUUCUCCUGCCUUAUUCUUGCUCUUGACCACUUGAUGUCCCUUUGAGUGUACUGUGAUACUUUCUUUUUUUUAUUUUUCCGUUUUUCCAGGCCCUGUGCUCUAAUGGCAAAAAAAGGUGUUUAUUGGCUUUUUUUAAAUGUAGUCUUCAUAACGAGAUAUUAGUUGUUUCUUCUGUUUAUAGAAGGAAUUUGUUUUCUUUUAAUGUUUUUGUUGUCUUUUUUUUGUCACCUUCUAAAAAAUGUACAGUUAUAUUAUUUAAAAAUAUUUUCUUGUCCACUAGUGUUACUUCCUUUUUUUUUUUUGUAAUAUGCCAUAUUAAAAUCUUUCUUUUUCUGAUAUUACAGAUUUACUAAACCAGAGGUUUUUAAUCCCAAAGCUGAGGACCCACAGCAGCGCAAAUUUAACACCUGACUGAGAUCAUCCAUAAAAGAUAUACAAAAUACGCAGAGCUGUGAGUCCACAGAACCCAGAUUGAAAGCCUCUGUAUUACACCACAAGGCGUUUGGUUUGUGAAGUAUGUUAUAGUGCUUUCCUUUGAUUUAAUAUAAACAAAUAAAACUCUUUAAUGGCUCUGA